UACUAUUGCAAAGAUCAAAAAUUGUAUGUUUUCCUCGGAUAUCACACGGCUCUUUUUUUGCUUACAUUAGCCAGGUAUUUUGUUGAAGUGUAUGGCUGUCUUUCUUAGCACUUUAUCUUUAGCAAGGCUUGCAACCCAGAGAAUCGUCCAGAGCUUAGAUUUGAUGUGAGCACUGCGCUCCGGUCUUUUUGAAUCUUUCGAAGUGCAAUCAUUCUGAUCCCUCGAUUCUCUUUUUUUUUUGCAUAAACUCGAUGCAACUGCAACUGGAGAGCGUGCUUUCCUUUAAAUUCAGUCAAUAAAUAUUUCAAUAAAUAAUUCAACGUGGCGCACAUAAAAAUGAAGCGUGACGCCUUUUUUCAUCCGGGAGCCAUUUUUAUUUUCCGAGCAAUGGACACCAUGUUGAUGUUUGUCGUGUCUCUGCUUCUGCAGGAGCAGCAUCUACUUGCACGCGGCAGCGAAAUUCGAUUUCUAGAUCAUAGCAUUGCGGGAAAUUGGAUCGGGAUGCGCAGCAAUGUAGAAGAGGGAACGACCUUAGCUGAAGCGAUUGCUUCGGACGAGGUGGCGGGCGAGGCUAGUAGAGCAGACGUCGAUGUCGGCGGUGCCCCCGAAGGGGAGCUGCCACGGAGUUUCACAACACGGCACCAGUGUCAUCCGUCGGUCUCGUCCUCUCCAAAGGCAGGUUACAAGACUUCUUCCAGGCGUCCGCGCGCGACACACAAAGUUCCAGCGAAGGAGCAGAAUCCGCUGCUCCGCCCGAGUGCGUUUUGGUUUCCCGUAGAGAUGUCCGAAAAUCAAGUGACUUUCCUUGGCGGUGUUCUUGCAAAGCCGGUGGACAUGAACGUUCCAGUCGGUCAGGAUGAGGACGACUGCGUGUCUGGCGGUACGCUGGCCUUGGUGCAGCCACGAGCCAUGGUACACUACACCAAGCAACAGCUCGCAGAGCUCCCGAUUGCAAUUUGGAAACAGGUUCAUUUUAUUUUAAGGUUUUGACUUUUUGUGAUCAGUUUCCCUCUGAGGAACAGGACAUCAUCGAUCGGGCGGCACCGACUCCGCAUCCCACCCAGGAGCAAGUUUGCUUGAACCUCACAUACCUAAACAGGUGCUGCUCUCGAAGCACCGAGACACGGUUUUGUUGCAUGACGCAGACCGGGCCCAACUGGAAGGCGCAGUGGGUUUGCCUCUGCGAAAGUAUCUACUCGCGCAGCUGAUUGAACUGAUCGCAGAGUGCACCAACAAACAAGCCGAAGAACAUGGGAGGUCCACACGGCGCCUGAUUAUCCCUGGAGUCACGGGGACGACCGCUCCUGGAGUUCUUGCGAAGCAGGGAUCGGCUAGAGUGCCUCGGGGGACAGACUCUGGUGACUCCUCGUCUUGCCCUCGUCCACUCAUUCGUUCCGUAUCAACGAAUUUUGUGCAGGCUCAGGCAAUGGGAAUUUUGAACGACUUGGCCAGUGUUGCCGCUGCAGCAGCGGCGGAAUUCGCUUCUGCAAUUAACAUCGAUCUCCCGCAGCCCGACGCUGCCAUGGCCGUCGCGGCACAGCAUGAGAAAAGCAAGUGGAGCCUUGUCGAGAGCGUUCUGAAGAAUCGCAAUGAGAGUGUAAAUGAUUUAAUCUAUGUGACGAAGAAGUGGCUCCCGGAGCAAAAGAUGCACUUUCUGGAAGACCUGCUGGCAGCCGAGCAGCGGGACAUCAAGCGACCGCUUCCCACCGCGCAAGAGCCUAAAGGAAAGGAAGUCGAGGCUACUGUGGACAGACUCGAGAAACUGUCGCUGCAGCCUGCGAACGAAGAGCUCCCAACUGCAUCUCGGACCAAAAAUACGCCCCUCCUGCCCAUCGGAAAGAGCAAUCGGAGUCGCCGCACCGUGGAGAUCCAGACAGGAGCGGACGAGGACAAAAAGUCCCCCUCUGCGGACAUGACUUCAGGCUCGUCUACCCGCGCGAACUCGAAAUCAACAUCCCUUUCGCCGCUCCCGAGUCCUGCCGGUUUUGCUCUGACGAUGAACCAAGACAAAAGAUUGAUGUCAUCUCCGAUGAUGAAUCAUUUCGGAAUGCUCGGCCACGGAUGGCGGUUGACCCCCACGGGCGCGAAAAAGAUCAUGAUGGGUAGUUCUAUUGAAUGCGCUGGUGGCGCGUCUUCCGACCGAGUUUCCGUGCCGCUCAAAGGAGCUGAAGAUCUUCAGGACGACAGCGAAGAAAGGGACACCUUCGUCGGGCCGCAUAGCUCCCGCGACGUAUUGCAGUCGAAAGCGCGGGAAGCGUAAGCGCCCGCAGACUCCUGUCCAGCUGCAAGCAGGUGCUGGUCGAGGUCACUCUUUUUCGCGACCGCCCCCGUCAUUUUUCCACGUAUGUAGAACUCCAGCAUUUCUUCAAGUGUAGUAUUACUUUACACGUCAAGCUCAAGCAAACAGAGUCAGUGUGGAACCUCCUCUGAGCGGAUGUGGCAAAGCUCGUUACGAGGCGGCCGGGAGCAUGUCCGGCAAUCGCAGAUGUCUUGCAGAUGAUGUCAUAUUACAACGCACCUGCAAGUGCAGUUUAAUAAGUUUUUGAAGUGUACUAGAGUGUAGGCCAAAAAAUGAAAGAAUACAGACACGAGAAUAAAGUUUAGGGAAGUGAUCACCUCAAUGAAACUGCAUUUUUGAAGAUCUUUCUGAUUCAGCCCGUACUUUAGGACAAUUGGCCCCUUCCUUGUGCUCGAACACCGAGCGUGUUGUUCAAUACCGCAGCCGGAUUCAUUGUUUAUGGAAGCCAAAAGAUUAC